AAGCAUUGCUUUUGCUAGCAAGAACACUUGAGGUAAGUUUCUGUCAAAAGAAGAAGAAAAAAACACUUGAGGUAAGUUAUAGGGUAGCCGGAGCAAAAAAGCCGCCAUAUUCACUAGUCUAAGGAUGGCCUACCGUUGAUUGCAUCACUCAACUCCAACUAUAGUCAAUUCCCAUAAACAAACUACCGUUCCCCUACCCCUCGCUUUCCCAAAAGGUCAACUCAUCCACCCCCUAUUCCGCCGCCAAAAUCCCAAACCCAAGGAAACAAAAUGGGCAAUGGUAUCACCAAGAACCCAUGCUUCUCUGGGGAUCCAUACGCCACUGCCGUCCCUUCGGACCCGCUCCCCGAGGAUAGCCAUGGCCACUCCUUCAUGUACGUUCCUACAAGUGCCGCCUUCGCAACUUCGGCGUCGUCUGAGACGUCCUUCUUCUCGCUGUCCGGCGCGGCCAUCAGUGCCAACCAGGUGACAGCUGCGUCGAUGCCGUCGUUCAGCCUUCUCAACCAGAUGACGUGGCCACAGUCGUCUGCGUGCACCUUCGAGAGCUCGCGCUCCUUCGCCUCCGUGCCGCUCCAGGCCGUGCCGAACAGGAUGGCUAUGUCCGGACCACUCCAAUCCAUGUCCAGCCGCUUCUCCGAGACGUCCGGCACGGCAUCCAUGAUCUCCAAGUCCGGCACGCUGGACCGCUCCUUCUCGUCGUCGUCCUCCUUCGUGAGGCCCCAGGCCAGUAUUUCCCAUCUCAUCGCUGAACGUCGUCUGGCGCGCUCUCAAAGCCACAAUGAGCGAUCGCUCGUCGAAUUCUUGGCCAGAGCCGCCUCGAAGCUCCGGUUCCGGGGGUCCUCGCGCCUAGGCCUCCUGUCAGAGGGACCUGCUGACGCGGCAAAGACGGAGUCCUCCAGCGACGGGGACCCCAGCUCGCCGCCGAAGAACAAUGUGCAGUGGGCGCAGGGCAUGGCCGGCGAGGACCGGUUCCACGUGGCGGUGUCCGAGGAGCACGGGUGGGUGUUCGUCGGGAUUUACGACGGCUUCAACGGCCCAGACGCGACCGACUACCUCUUCGCGAACCUGUACGUCGCCGUGCACCGCGAGCUCAAGGGCGUCCUCUGGGACGACAACGAGGGCGGCGAGCCGGUGGCCAAUGCCGAUCACCCAGAUGGAGGCAACGACAGCCCAGAAUUUUACCGUAAGCCGACGAAGAGGGGACGAACGGAACAGCUGGAGAUGGUCGAUGGUGCCACAACCGGGGGUGGCACAACGAAAACAAUUCAACGCGAAGUCCUCAAGGCGUUGGCCCGGGCGCUGAGGAAGACGGAGGAGGCCUUCUUCGAGGCAGCGGAGCAAAACGCGGAGGAGAGCCCGGAGCUCGGGCUGAUGGGGUCGUGCGUGCUGGUGAUGGUGAUGAAGGACAAGGACGUGUACGUGAUGAACGUUGGGGACAGUCGUGUGGUGCUGGCGCGGAGGCGGGAGGCCGACAUCAGGAACAUCAUCGGCAAGGCGAGGCAAGAAUUGGACGGCCUGCAGACCGUGCAGCUCACCGCCGAGCACAGCACCGCUGUUGAGGAGGAGGUGAUGAGGAUCAGAGGCCAGCAUCUGAAUGAUCGCAACGCCAUCAUCAACGGCAGGGUGAAGGGGCAGCUCAACGUCACCAGAGCAUUUGGGGCGGGCUACCUGAAGCAGCCAAAGUGGAACAAUAGGCUGCUAGCAGCGUUCAAGGUUAAUUACAUCGGCAUGGACCCCUACCUCAACUGCAUCCCGUCACUGUGCCACCACCGGAUCGGUCCGGAAGACAAGUUUCUGGUGCUGUCGUCGGACGGGCUCUAUCAGUAUUUCACCAACAAGGAGGUGGUUGAUCAGGUGCAGAUGUUCACAGCGGCAAAUCCCGAAGGCGAUCCCGCACAGCAUCUCGUCCGAGAACUUCUGCUCCGGGCUGCAAGGAAGGCUGGUAUGGAGUGCCAUCAACUGCUCGAGGUGCCGCACGGCGACAGGAGGAACUACCAUGACGACGUGUCGAUCAUCGUGAUAUCGUUCGAGGGGAGGCUCUGGAGGUCGACCUUCUAGGUGGUGGCGUUGGUGGUACAUAUAUAGUAUGUCCUCAAGUUGAAUAAGUUUCAGCUCAAAGAAACAAGUUGAAUAAGUUUCAGAUGCAGGUUGUCUAGUGAGUAGUUCAAGGAGUUCCAGAGUUCUCUUGAGAAAUCAUGUUCCUUCUUUGCCGAAAGCCCGAAACUGUUGUGUUUAGUUCGGCAGGAAGGACUCUAGUAGUAGUAGUAGUAACCUUAUUGUAAUUAGGUUUCCCCGGCAAUGGUGCUGAUAGAAAGAACAAUGGGAAAUGGUAUAUGCCGAAUGAGAACUGCUCUGUUUGGUUCA